GUCACACCAGAAGUUUUGCACAACAAUGGGAGUUGAAAGUCUUUUAGGAAAUCUUAAUGGAAAAUUGGUUCUACAGGGAAGUGACUUACCGGUACUCUUUGGAGAUUUCUAUGAGGAUUAUGACAAUUACAGCGAUCCUUAUGACGAUAAUGACACCUGCUGCAUCAGUACCGGUACCGGUACUGUUUGCGAUCAGAAUGACAGCAUGGCGUUCGAGGCGGUCUUCAAGCCCGUGCUGUACACGUUGGCCGUGCUGGUGGGGUUUGUGGGUAACGGCCUGGUUCUGGCCGUGCUGUGGCAGAAGCGGAGGACCUGGAACGUGACAGACACCUUCAUCCUGCACCUGGCCAUAUCCGACUCCCUCCUGCUGCUCACUCUUCCAUUUUGGGCUGUGGAGGCGUCACAGGGCUGGAUAUUUGGCACAGGCUUCUGCAAGAUCGCCGGGUCAAUGUUUCAGAUCAACUUCUACUGUGGGAUCUUCCUGCUGGCCUGCAUCAGUGUGGACCGGUACAUGUCCAUCGUUCAUGCCGUGCAGAUGUACUCACGGAAGAAGCCAUGGGCGAUACAGGCCAGCUGCCUGACCGUGUGGUUCGCCUGUCUCGUCCUCUCCAUCCCCGACUGGCUCUACCUAGAAGCUAAUUAUGAUCUCAGAAGAGAAAAGACGGAGUGUAUGCCUAACUACCCCACGGCCAAUGCUGAUGCCUGGAAAAAGGCAUUCCGCUGGCUGUACCACAUUCUGGGCUUCUUCGUACCGUCCGUCGUCAUGGUCUUCUGCUACACCAGCAUCCUCUUGCGCCUCAGUCGCAGCACCAAGAGCCUCCAGAGGAAGAGGGCAAUGAGGGUGAUCCUGGCCCUGGUCGUGGCCUUCUUCGUCAGCUGGACGCCCUACAACCUCACCCUGAUCGCAGACACCGUCUUCACCAACCAGACCAGUGUGCUAGCGCCUUGCGGCACGGCCACCAUUCUGGACAUCUCCUUGACCGUCACCUCCACCCUGGGCUACAUGCACUGCUGCGUCAACCCCCUGCUGUACGCCUUUGUGGGGGUGAAGUUCCGGCGCCACCUGGUGGAGAUGUUGAAGAAACUGCACUGCCCCGUGAAGAGUCAGAUGAUGGGCUCGCAGGUGUCGCGCAGGAGCUCCAUGUGGUCGGAGACAGACACCACCCACACCUCAGCGUUCUGA